AUGAGUGCUACAAGAUUGGACCGACUCGUAACGCUCCUUGAGACAGGCAGCACAGCGCUGAUCCGAAACACGGCAGCUGAGCAACUAGCCGACGUCCAAAAGCAACACCCUGAGGACUUGUUCAAUCUUCUCAACCGCGUUGUCCCGUUCCUCCGUUCAAAAAGCUGGGAAACGCGAGUAGCUGCUGCUAAAGCCGUCGGUGGCAUUGUCGCCAACGCCGAAAAGUAUGACCCAAACGCCGAGGACGAGCCAAUCAAACCAGAGACCAAGGUAGAGACCAAUGGAUGCACAAAAGAGGAGGAUGUCGACAGCGCAGCCGUGAAGAAAGAAGAAAAUGGCGACGUCGAAAUGCCGCUCGCGCCUGACCUGGAUGGGAAAUUCGAUCUCAAUACCCUGGACAUCGCCGGCAUUCUGAGGGAUGGCAGUCAUCUGGUCGGAGCUGCCAGUAAAGAACUCGAGCACAAGCUGUUGUCUAUGAGCCCUGCAGACCGUCUUGCUUACCAGAAGGAAAUCCUUCCGAAACGGCUUGGACUCGAGGGGCCCUUCAAAGAGAUUGCUGCUGUACCCGCGGAAGAUGUCGUUGCGCAACCACCCGGUCUUAGGACGCCCGCUAUACAUCGUAUCGACACGAACCUCGCCAGAUCGGAUACCCUCAACUCUGCAGCAUCACCCCCUGCUGCCACACCAACGGGCGAUCACCCAACACUCAGCAAGCGCCAAUUGAAUGCACAAAAGCGGAAGCAAAAGACUGCCCAGAAGAACAAUAAAGGAGUGGCCGUCGAUUUCAAUGAGCCCGGCGCGAGAAAGGCCUCGCACGCAGAGGCCCUUCAAACACCAGCUCGUAUGACUCCCCAUCCCUCGUCGCUCAAGCAAGAGAAGUCCGAGAACGGCGAAGGUGGCGAGGGUCUGGACGACUACUUCUCGCUCGAGCGCAAAGGCGGAGACGAUGAAGCCAAAUUUGUCAAGGAAUUCAAGGGUGAUGCGAUACCUGAGAAGUCUUCGUUCGAAGGUGAAGCGACCGAAUCUGGUGGUGAAUGGCCUUUUGAGCGGGUCUGCGAUUAUCUCGCCCUCGAGAUGUUCGAUCACACCUGGGAGAUCCGUCAUGGCGCUUCCAUGGGCAUCCGUGAAGUUCUGCGCGUCCACGGUGCAGGUGCUGGGAGAGUCAAGGGAAAGACACGAGCGGAGAACGACAGACUGAAUCAACAAUGGCUGAACGACCUCGCAUGCCGGAUCUGCUGCAUCUUCAUGCUUGAUCGCUUCGCCGACUACACAUCCGACACCGCCGUUGCCCCCAUCCGAGAGACUGCUGGACAAGCACUCGGCUCUGUCCUACAACACCUCUCUCGCGACAACGUUUUGGCUACAUUCAAUGUGCUUCACAAUCUGAUCAGGAAGCGACUUGAAGUCGACACCGGCUGGCAUUCUUGUCAAGGUGGCAUGAUCGGUCUGCGGUAUCUCGUGGCUGUACGGAAUGACCUGCUUCGUGAGGACGACGCCCUGAUGGACGGCGUCUUGGCUGCUGUCAUUCAAGGACUAGGCGACUUUGACGAUGACAUCCGAGCCCUCAGCGCAGCUACUCUCAUUCCUGUUGCUAAGGAUUUCGUCGAGAUGCGGCCUAAGGCAAUGGAGGGCCUCAUGAACCAGGUCUGGUCGUGCUUUGACGGUCUACAAGAUGACCUCAAUGCCAGCACCGGCUCGAUCAUGGAUCUUCUUGCGAAACUUUGCAGCUUCCCACAGGUCCUCGCGGCUAUGCAGGCCAAUGCAGAGAAGGACCCGACGCAGUCUUUCCACGAGCUUGUGCCGCGCCUCUUUCCCUUCCUUCGCCACACAAUCACAAGCGUACGUGCUGCUGUGCUACGCGCAUUGAGCACGUUCCUCGACAUCCAGAGCGCUGGAUCGGCUGGUUGGAUAGACAGCAAAGCACUCCAAUUGACCUUCCAGAACAUCAUCCUCGAACGCAAUGAAGGUGUUUUGAAACUUUCAAUGAAGUUGUGGAACACCAUGGUCGACAACCUCGGUAGUGACAUCGCGACUCACCUAGAACCGAUCCUGGGCGCCAUCAUUCCCCUGACCCUGACGCCUAUCGGAGUAUCGCGCCACCCAAUCGCUAUGGACGUGUCACUUCUCAUCAAAGCUUCUGGGCAAAUGAUGGGUCCAGCACCAGUCCCGACACCCAGUCGCCGAUCGACACCUCCAGGUGGUACUGAGCCAGCCGCGAAGAAAAGGAAGAAGUCACGACACGGCAAGGAGGAAUCAACGCCAAUACCAUCCUCUACAUCUCACAACGUUGAUGGACACAUGAUCGGCGGUGACCUUGAGCUCAUCGGCGCCGAUGUCAUGGUCCGUUCCCGAGCAUCUGCAGCACAAGCUCUUGGUAAAGCCAUCGCGGCAUGGCCAUCAGAGACAAGAGAGCCUGUUUUCGGGCACAGACUGUUGCCGCCACUGUCGUCUACAAACUCUACAACACAAUUGACGGCCGCUAUGAUCAUCGAAGAAUUCGGCAAGAAUCUGACGACCAAAGACGCCUUGGCAAAUCUCCUCGCAGACGCACUCCUUCCAAUGGUCGAAGGCGAGCGUCCGACCGCUUAUGAGGACCUGGUACCCAAGCUGCAGAUCGUACGUACGCAGUGCACUGCGCUGGUCAAUAUCUUUAGAGAAGGUCACGUCCAAAACUUGCCAGCACUAGCUGUUGUUGUGCAGGGAGACCCGGCUGCUAGUCAGUAUGCUUUUGGCGUUGCUGAUGCUGAGAAGCUCAUCACUGUUCAAUACGAGAAGCUGAAAAAGGCGAUGACGCCAUCAGCUCGCAUGGUCGCUGCGGCCAAUCUGGAAGUGUCGAGGAAGGAGAUCGAAGCCAGCCUCCAGGAAGCAAAGGACAUCAAGGAAGAGCGCGAUAUUCGGAUCAGGGCCGCCGCUGCCGGAGGUCUCAUCUGGCUCAGCUCUCCUCCCAAGAAGCCUCAGCAUCCGAUCAAGGCUAUGAUGGACAGCGUUAAGAGAGAGGAGAACGUACAGUUGCAGAAGCGAUCCGCAGCUGCUGUAGCACGCUACAUUGUUCACCUCGUCAACGGUAACAAGGGUGUUGUUGUCAAGAAAGUGGUUGGUAAUCUUGUCAAAUUCUACUGCAUGGAGACGGCAGAAACUCCAGAAUUCCACGGUCAAGGUCACAUCGAAACCGGCAUCCUGACCCUCAAGAAGGACGAAGACAUCCGGGAUCACCCAGAUGCUGCCAAGUUCGCAGAAGAGUCACGAGCAGCUAGGAUCACCAAGCGUGGAGCUCGCGGAGCUCUUGAGCAGGUUGUCGAGCAAUUCGGUGCAGAAAUCUUCCAGAAGGUCCCAACGCUGAAGGAUCUGAUAGAGCGACCUAUCAAGCGAGCUUUCGCUGACGCGACCCUACCCGAAGAGAUAACCGACGAAGGUGGUAUCUUUGGACAAGAGGUGGUUGAUGCUUUGUCGACCUUGCGAGCACUGGUCGGAAGCUUCCAUGUGGACGUACGCGGCUUUGUCAAGGAAUUGCUUCCGUUCGUGGCGAGAGCUUUGCAAAGCAAACUUUACGUGCUACGAUACGCAGCCGCAAAGUGCUUCGCUACCAUCUGUAGCAUCAUGUCUGUCGAAGCCUUCACUCUUCUCGUGGAAGCCGUUCUACCUACCAUCAGCGAUGGCGGAAAUGUGCAUGGGCGCCAAGGUGCCAUUGAGUGCAUCUACCAUCUCAUCCACGUUAUGGAAGACGGCAUUCUGCCGUACGUCAUCUUCCUGAUCACUCCAGUAUUGGGACGUAUGAGCGACUCGGACAACGACAUUCGCCUGCUGGCAACGACGAGCUUUGCCACACUCGUCAAGCUUGUUCCCCUCGAGUCCGGUAUUCCUGACCCACCGGGUCUGCCAGACGCGUUACUCAAGGGUCGUGAUCGUGAGCGAAAGUUUGUCGCUCAGAUGCUGGACGCAAAGAAGGUUGAGGCCUUUGAGAUUCCAGUCGGCAUCAAGGCUACUUUACGCUCGUACCAGCAAGAUGGAGUGAACUGGCUCGCCUUCCUGAACCGUUACAAUCUGCACGGCAUUCUUUGCGACGACAUGGGUCUUGGAAAGACUUUGCAAACAUUGUGCAUGGUAGCAAGUGACCACCACCUACGAGCUGAUGAGUUUGCCAAGUCCGGCGAUCUCAACUUCCGUAGACUGCCAUCGCUCAUCGUCUGCCCUCCUACGUUGUCUGGUCAUUGGCAGCAGGAGAUCCGCCAAUACGCCCCCUUCCUUUCUUGUGUUGCUUAUGUCGGCGCACCUCCGAUUCGUGGUCAGUACCGGUCCCAGCUUCAGGACGUCGACAUCGUCAUCACCAGCUACGACAUCUGCAGAAACGACAUGGACAUCCUGAAGCCAAUCAAUUGGAACUACUGCGUCCUCGACGAAGGCCAUUUGAUCAAGAACUCAAAGUCAAAGACGAGCCAGGCCGUCAAGCAGUUUCAGUCAAACCAUCGUCUGAUUCUCUCCGGUACACCUAUUCAAAACAACGUAUUGGAGCUGUGGUCUUUGUUCGAUUUCCUUAUGCCCGGCUUCUUAGGAUCCGAGAAGGUUUUCCAGGAGCGUUUCGCGAAGCCUAUUGCAGCAUCCCGGUUCGCGAAAUCUUCGUCAAAGGAACAAGAGAAGGGCGCGCUUGCAAUCGAGGCACUGCACAAGCAGGUGCUGCCUUUCCUUCUCAGACGUCUCAAGGAGGAGGUGCUGGAUGACUUGCCACCCAAGAUCCUGCAGAACUAUUACUGCGACCUGUCCGAACUCCAGCGCAACCUUUUCGAGGACUUCAACAAACGCCAGGGUAAGGAGAUCCAGUCAAAGGCCGGUAAUGCCGACCGCGACAGUAAACAGCACAUCUUCCAAGCACUGCAGUAUAUGAAGAAGCUGUGCAACUCGCCGGCACUUGUAGUUAAGGGUCCCACAAACAAGGCUUACGAGCCUACUCAACAGUAUCUGAAGAAGCACAACACCACGAUCGACGACAUCUCUCACGCUCCCAAGCUCGGCGCGCUCAAGGACCUCCUAGUCGACUGUGGUAUUGGUGCUGCAGACGUUGCCGGCGACAAGUCGGCGGCUGCUAACGGUGAUCUACCUGAAGCAGUUUCUCAACAUCGCGCUUUGAUCUUUUGUCAGAUGAAGGAGAUGCUCGAUAUGGUCGAGUCUACAGUGUUCAAGAAGCUGCUCCCCAGUGUGCAAUUCAUGAGGCUCGACGGAACAGUGCCGGCUGAGAAACGUCAAGACAUUGUCAACAAGUUCAACUCGGAUCCCUCCUACGAUGCUCUACUCUUGACUACCAGCGUCGGUGGCCUCGGUCUGAAUUUGACUGGUGCCGAUACUGUCAUCUUCGUCGAACAUGACUGGAACCCACAGAAAGACAUUCAGGCUAUGGAUCGCGCCCAUCGUAUCGGACAGAAGAAGGUUGUCAACGUGUACCGCAUAGUCACCCGCGGGACACUCGAAGAAAAGAUUCUCAACCUUCAACGUUUCAAGAUCGAUGUCGCGAGCACGGUCGUUAACCAGCAGAACGCUGGCCUUGGCUCUAUGCAGACAGAUCAGAUUCUUGAUCUUUUCAACGUAUCGGCGGACAGUGCGGACCCUUCUGCGCUUCCACCUCCUCCGUCGAAUACGAAGGACGACAACGCCAUUGAUGAAAAUGAUGCCGUCGACGCUACUGGUGAGUUGCGUCAGAAGGGACAAAAAGGGUUCCUUGAUGAUAUCGGCGAACUCUGGGAUGAGAAGCAGUACGACGACGAGUUCGAUCUCGAUGGUUUCUUGGGCAAGAUGCAGGGGCCUGCGGUUUAAAAUGCCCAGCUCCAUCACAUCAACACCUCUUUUAGGGUUGCAAAAAUACAUCCGUAGGAUGUGGGGUAUUUUGUGUUAUCGUUAGCGGUGUAUUGGCGUUUGGUUUAGCGCAACGGCAGCGGCUUGCG